AUGAAACAUGGCAAUCGCGAGUGCGCCAUCUUCCACGAGCUUGAUCUGCUACGUGAGAGAGGAGAGCAGGCCAGGAGCCAGCGAGAAUUGGAUGUGUUCAGCAAUCAGCCCGAGGAGGGCACGAUUCAGGUUGCGCUUGUCGAUGGCAUACGCCACACACUGUCAGUUUCGCGGAGGAUGCGCCUCAGCGAGGUCAAGAGGCAAAUCAAAUCGAGCUGCGGCAUCGCGGAAGGAAAGCAGCGACUCUUCUUUCGCGGGCAAGAUCUAUCGGCGACUGGCGAGGAGAGCGACCCGCGCUGGGGGUCCGUUGGAGUGCCAUUUGGGCAGGUGAUACAGCUGGUGAUCGUUAUGUACGAGACGGGACCCAAUGCGUCUGUAAGGAAGCUGAGCUUUGAACUGGGCUGGACUCCACCGUGUUCGCGAAAGCCGCACCACCUGAACGGCACGUGCAUUGUGUUGGACAGCCGCGGCCAUGUCCUUGCAAACGUUGACUUUCAAAGCCGCUACUUUUCAGGCGUCUCUCACGGAGGACGAUCCCACCGAUUCAAUCCGAGACAGCUCGUCACUGUCGACACUGACGUACUUCCAUCUGAGUGUCACUAUCUCUUCUUCGCCCUCAGCGCCUAUGCGCCUCAUUAUGGAAUGAAUUGGCGACACUCUCGAGCUUCGAGGAUCCCACGGUACAUUUGA